AUGCGCUUAACGUUUCGUAAUUUAUUUAAUUUUUUAUAUUGUCCCAAUUUUCCAAAUUAAAGUAAAUUAAAAUGGAAAUAAACGAAUGCUUAAAAUACUCUCCGCUAGAUGGAGAAACCUGAUCUUUGAGAAAUAAUAAAAUAUCUAUGAAUUUUAGAAAAUAGAUAGAUAAUGGUUUUAAGAUGCUAAAAUUGGUGACGAAUAAUUUACUUAAUUUAAACAUGUAAAACAAUUAAUAAUUACUAUUAACUUUCAGUCCGCUUUCAGUCACGUUUUUAUUUCGGGAUUUGUGCGCCCAAUCUUGAUGUUGCUGAUUAGCUUCAAAACUUGAACCUUCAAAAUCUUCCGUAAUCAAAACUUCAAAUUUCUGACCAUUUCCCUUCACCUUGAGUUAGUUAUUUCUCAAGUCUCGUAAGUCGUAACUCAUAAAUUUGUCUUUAACUCGAAACGUGCUAGCACUUGCUUUAUAUGCAGUAACCACCAUGAGAAUAUAAUAGUAUCCAAACAUUCUCACAGUGUGUUCGUGCUACAGUAACUUCAUUUUUCAGUUCAUCAUAUUUUCCCGCUCAUACUCAUCGUUUUCUUGUUUGAAGUAAUUGGGAAUCGUUUUGAGUUUAGACAAGCAAUGGAUCUUAUUGUUGGAUAUUUAUCUGCUGAUCCCAGUAUUAAAGGGAUUUGUCUGCAGGAUUAUCAGAAUAAAGAAGAAUAUGUUUUCACUGCAUUCAUAAAACUUGCUUGCUCUGCAUUCAACGAUCUUCUGAAACAAAACAAUGAAACAAAAGUAGAAAAUCAAGGUUUAACAGAAGAGGUGAAGAAAGAAAAGAAACAAUGCUUAAAAUUGACCAAAGAAUUGGAUGCCUUGAAGACAAAACGAAAAGAAAACUCAAAAUGCAAAAAGUGCAUCACUUAUGAGGAGGACCGCUUUGAGUUUGAACAAAAAUAUAUGAAAAUGGAAAAGCAAUUCAAGAAAUGUGCAUUCAUUAUAAAUUCUUCUUUGGAUGGAGAUAACAAAGUCUUGGGACGGGUUCGGGAUAUAGUCUCUCAAUCAGUAAUUGAAAGUAACAAUUCUCAAGAUUGUAAUAAGGUUAGUUCACCAGAAGAAAGACUAGAACUGCAGAAACAACUUUCAAACAGUUCAUUCCCUAUUGAAAUGGAUGAUGAUGAUGCAAGCAUUCUUGCUCCGUCAUCUCCUGAAGGAAGUGAUAUGGAAACACAGCAUUUUGGUGGCCCUGGAGAAGAUAUUGUUCUUUGCAUUCCUGAGACAGUACCAUUCGAUUAUCCUCAAAUAAAGAGCAAUACUCAAAAGUUCUUCAAGUCCCAACACGUUGCCCCAAGCCCCAUUAUAAAGCGUAGAAAAUCUCCCACUAAACUUUCUACGAAGUGCUUUUCCCCUAUCAAAAACAAAACAGUUACGCCUCAGAAGCAAUCACAAGAAGAUUCUGCAUCUCUUUUGGACGAAUCCAUUUAUAGCCCGCCUAUUCUGACGGAUUUCGGCUUUCCGUCUCGUCCGUCUGCAGUGCUCAAUCAAGGCAAACCAACUGCCCAAGAAUUGUGCUUACCUAUAAAGACUGAAGCUCUUCGUCCGUCAGUGUCUAAAACGAGACAUUCGGAAAACAUUAAUCCUCAAGAGAUGCUGAAGAAACCUGGCCAUCGCUCUUUAGCGGAGCAACAGACACCAACCAGCAAAAGAAACAAAUUGCUCAAACAGACAAAGUUAACGUUGACUAGGUUGCCUAGCGAUACGGCCUCCGCUAAUGGCGCUAAAAUUCGAAUGCCAACCAAAACAGUCAGGAUCAGUCCGCCGGAUAAUCAGGAACCAAAGAAAAGGCGCAGAGGAAAAGGACCUGAAGAGUGGCCUUGCAAGGAUUGCUAUCAAUUAUUUCUUGAAGCUGUGGAAGCCAAAAAGGUUGACGUUCGCAAAAUGCCCGUUUCAAUGAACUUUUGCGCUGUUCAUAGAAACCGUUAUACGUAUUAUUUGAACACCCCGCCAAACUUCUGGGAUUGCGGGAUAGGUAAGCCUCCGCGCAACGGACAUCUUUAUCCGCUUGACGCUUCUGCGACAAACGAUGACGACGAAGAGGAAGACUUCUUAAAAUGAUCAUCAAAUCUUGUGAUUCUUCUUUAUUUCCAGUUCUCAAGUAGGAGACUAUUUUUUUUUCUUUCCCUAGUGCCUUAACUGAUAAUAUUCAUGAUCAUUUAUUAGAAAUAUAUUUUUCUGUUCAUUCUACCAAUA